GCCAGGGACUAAGGAGGGUUUCAGCACUUGCCACGGCAGCUUGCGAUGGACAGCACCACAAAGACUCAGUGAUCCCUCACAUCGCUCACGAGUGUGACAGAAACCACAGCCGACAAGGGAACCUCAGCGCGAUUGAGAGAAAGGACUACCACUUACAAAAAAAUUGAUAUUUAAAAUAGGUUUUGAACCUGCAACACAAAACAGGCAUUUUCUUCUACUCGUCUCUUGUUAAACAGCAGCAGCAAAAUGGAAGAGGACAUGGAUGAGGGGCAGACCCAGAAAGGAUGCCUUGAAUGCUGCAUCAAAUGCCUGGGUGGGAUUCCGUACCCGUCCCUCAUAGCCACCAUCUUAUUGUACGCGGGCGUGGCUCUGUUCUGCGGCUGCGGACACGAGGCUCUGUCUGGCACCGUCACCAUUCUGCAGAACUACUUCGAGGUGGUACGGAGCCCUGUGGAGGCGCUGGACGUGUUCACCAUGAUUGACAUCAUCAAAUACGUGAUCUACGGCAUCGCGUCGGCCUUCUUUGUCUACGGCAUCCUGCUGAUGGUGGAGGGCUUCUUCACCAGUGGAGCCAUCAAAGACCUGUACGGAGACUUCAAGAUCACCACCUGCGGACGCUGCGUCAGCGCUUGGUUCAUCAUGCUGACAUACAUCUUCAUGCUGGCUUGGCUCGGAGUGACUGCGUUCACCUCCCUCCCAGUCUUCAUAUACUUCAACAUCUGGAACCUGUGCCAAAACGCCACCAUGAUGGAGGGGGCCACGCUCUGCCUGGACCCGCGCCAGUACGGCAUUAUACCACUCGCUGAGGCCAAAACAGUGUGUGCUGGAUCAGCAAAGUUCUACAAGAUGUGUGAAUCUAAUGAGCUUGACAUGACAUUCCACCUGUUCAUCUGUGCCCUCGCUGGGGCAGGAGCUGCCGUCAUCGCUAUGAUCCACUACCUGAUGGUGCUGUCGGCUAACUGGGCCUACGUGAAGGACGCCUGUCGGAUGCAGAAGUACGAGGACAUCAAGUCCAAGGAGGAGCAGGAACUUCACGACAUCCACUCCACCCGCUCCAAGGAGCGUCUCAACGCCUACACAUAAAAGACCAGCGUGAGGCCUAGCCCUGCCACUCCGGCCUCUCUCUCUGUCUCUCUCUUCCUCUCUCUCUCUCUCUCUCUCUCUCUACCCUUUCCUCUGGGCGGAUGGCGCCUAGGGCCCUCACCACCACUGAUGUCACUGGUGCGUCAUAUGACAAUGUGGUCUGGGGAGGGGUCACUCAAAACCUCCCCAGUCACAAUCAGCAUUUCAGACAAAAAAAGCCCCUUUACCUCUCUCACGGAUGGUGUUACAGUUAUCGUUACAGCAGUUAUUAUAUUAUCAUUGAAGACCAGUUUGCUUAGUGCUAGUAGUGACAAAAAUAAAUAGUACAGUUUUAGUGUAGUUAGUAGAAUCAGAAGUAGCAGUAGUAUAUCCUUUUUUUUUCUACUCUGAAUCAUUUGCAUAAAUAUUUGUUUUUCUUUAAAGAUUUAUUAUUAUAAGAUGCUUAAGUGUCAUUUUGCUCUAAUUGCAUUAUUUAUUUAUUUUUUUCGCUGAUUUCCGAGGGGGGUCAACAGGGGCUUUUAAAAAAAAAAAGGGUUUUCAAGCACAUUUUCCUCAUGUCACGUGUGCACGUGUGUGAGUGUGUGUGUGUGUGUGUGUGCGUGUGCGUGCGUGUGUGGAGACUUCAUCAUCCUCAAGAAACUAUGUACUGUAUGUGAACGGGUGGUUAUUUUUCAAAUACUAUUUUAAAUCUCACGGUAUAGGAAGCAGCGACGUCAGCCUCUGUCAUACCAGUAUUUCCAGGGAUUAGAGCCACUCUCACGUGACAGUAAUUCAAUUAAUAACCUGCUUCUUUUCUAUUUGAACUUCUACAGUAGCAAGACAACAAAAUACCAAAUCCUUAGAGUGAGACAAAUAUUCGCUAGAUGUGCCAAGCCUGUUAAACAGGGAACAAUGACUGUGGAUGGGUGUCAAAGAUGGGAUACGUUGAUUAAAUAUAAAUUAUUUUUCUGAUAAUCCUGCCAUUUAGAUGUAUUUUAGGACUGCGAAUGAUCCCAUUGUCUUUGAGUCAUGAGCAACAGAAGCACACACACGAACACGCUUUCAUAACCACUUUUUUUAAUUUCUUAAAAGAGGAACUUUAUAAGCACUAAACUCCUGUCUGUUGCAGAACACUGCACUGUAAAUACCAAUAUAUCAAAGCUCGCCUACUAUAUGUUACUGACAUUUAAGGACAAUUCAGGGGAGAAGAAGAAAAAGAAACCGCUGUAGGUCCGGUCCGGUUUGCAGUUUAUCCGCCUUUUAAACAGAAAAGAAAACCCUGACAGUAAAAUGUUGUUGAUGUGAUGGCACUCCUCCUCCUCCUCUUCCUCUUCCUCUUCCUCCUCCUCUUCCUCCUCCCUCCUCCCCUCGGUGGAUUUAUCAGAUGUAAGAAAAGUGUGUGUCGCAGUGAUUUUGUUCAUGACAGUAACUGUAAUUGCUUGCACAUCUCAGCGCCAUGCGACAAACUGCAGGAGGUGGCCUCGUCCGAUCGUUCGCCUGGCAAAGUUUGUUUUGUCAGUGUUUCUUAAAGCUAGUUUCAUGCACUUAUUUGACCAUUUCUGUGCUCUCUCUCUCUCUCACUCACUGUCUCUCUGUCUCUCCCUCUCUCUCUCUAGAUGUAAGCGCAUUGGUGUUCAACUCAAAGUUGGAUUACUGUACCGUUAGUAAAGACUGUGAAUUUAGAUGUUUUUCGUGGCAUGGACAUGCAUAAGUAUAGUCUUAUCGACUCAAAGGUUACUUUAUUUUCCAAGUCUUCUUCUCUUUUUUUUUUUGACAAUUAUGACUGUCUUGCUGGAUCAAACCCUUUGUUUAUAUAUGUGCAGUACUAACCGCCCCCCCCCAUGCUUACGGCAUUAUGCUACUGAUAUUAGAGACUGUAGUUUUUCAGUUGUGUCCGUUUAGUUUGUGAUGAGCUCUCGACCAUGUCUUAAAACUAAUACCAACAUUGCUUAAUCUGUAAUGAUCUGUAAGAAACAAAAACAAAAAAAGCUUAAAAAAAAAAACGCUCUCAGCUUUUUCCUUGCAUUAGUCUUUUGUACUAUCACGAUGAAUGCUUAUAGUAGCAGGCUUUGAAUUUAAUCUGUUUUGUACAUUCAUGUGCCAACAGCUUGAGGUGGCUUAUUUGACCUGUAUGAUCAAAUUUGCUUGCAUAAAUAAAACUCACUUGUGUACUUGUUAAAGAAGAA